CACACAUGCUACAAGAGGUGCAUUCUCCUAUCCCGCUUUAACUCCUAGAGGUUGCCUGGCCCUGCGGGAGAAUCUCUAUCCUGGUACCUGUGCCGUUUACUCCGUAUUGUCUCGCCCCGGGGUGAUUAGUCGGGACUCGAUGUGACAGAAAUUACGCAUCCUGGAUCGCCGAGGUGGAUGAGAGCACACACUACUUUUUCGGGGAGUUUCCCGAAGAGUAUUUAAAAAUGUGAAGAGCUUGCACUUCCCGUACAUUUUUCCCCUCAACUGAUCCACGGCUGCUCUUCCCCGCACAGGAUCGAGGUUGGAUGGUGAGACCGAUGCGCGCCCUCGAACCUCUCGGACACGGAUCAUUCCCCCGCGUGUCACUGGUGCUUUUGGAGUUAGUUACUCUUUAUCCCUUCUGAAAUAUUUGGUGGUCGUCAGGAGAGCGGCGGUGUGAAGAGGAUGUGGCUUGUGCACAUCGACCGUUGGUCUGAACCGACUCAACGUGUUUUACCUGGACGCUUGCGGAUGAUUUUGCGCUUCUGAAAUCUCCUGCGCGCAUUAAAGCAGGACUCUGAUGUUGAAAAUACAAAGGCUGAACACUGAAUCCUUUACUUAAGACGGCAAGUGAAGAUGUCUCCUACGUGUUUAAUGUAUAUGUCAUUAGAUUGGCGUCCAGUCUAAUAAACAUCAUCAGCGAUUGUAGUCAGUUUGUUCAUCUGCGUGCUCAUCAUUUGCAGUAAAUACUCACAUCUGCUCAAAAGGGAGACCAUGAAGAUGAUCCUCCUGCGCAAAUUCCGAGUUUUGAUCCUCAUGGUGUUCCUGAUUGCAUGCUCGAUGCACAUAAUGAUAGACUUGUUACCAAAGCUGGAGAGGCACGGCAACACCGGCUGCUCGUGCUCCAACACGCCGAGCGAGGAGCCUCAGAGCUGGGGGAAGCAGGGCUGGCCUAACAAGCACACGCUGCGGAUCCUCCAGGACUUCAGCAACGAGCCCAGCUCCAAUGUUUCCUCCCACUCCCUGGAAAGGAUCCCGGUCACAGGCGACAAAACGCAGGCUCUCAGGAGGCUCGAGCAUCUCGGGCAACGUGCUGACCGGAAGAGACAGUUCAUCCAGGACGCCGGAAUGACCAAAAACAUGUCGGUGAAGGGGUCAAGGUUGUCGGCUCUGUACGACCAUCCGUUAUAUAAAAUAUCCCCGCCACCUCUGACAGAGGAGGAGACGCUGUUUAACGUCAACACGGACAUCAGAUUUGACCCCAAAGCUGCAGAGGACCAGGCAUGGAAUACUGAAGGCACCAUGGAAGAGUUCAGCCCAACGGGGGAGCUGACGUCUGAUUCCUACCCCAACUGGCUCCGCUUCCACAUUGGGAUUAAUCGAUACGAGCUGUACUCCAGGCACAACCCGGUCAUCGACGCUCUCCUGAAGGACCUGGUCAUCCAGAGGAUCACCAGCGUCGCAAUGAAGUCUGGAGGCACUCAGCUGAAGCUCAUCAUGACCUUCCAGAACUACGGCCAGGCUCUCUUUAAACCCAUGAAGCAGACCCGGGAGCAGGAGACCCCACCAGACUUCUUCUAUUUCUCCGACUUUGAAAGACACAACGCAGAGAUCGCUGCCUUUCAUCUGGACAAGAUCCUGGACUUUCGACGUGUCCCCCCUGUGGCCGGCAGGCUCGUCAACAUGACGAAGGAGAUCCGAGAUGUCACACGAGACAAAAAGCUCUGGAGGACCUUCUUCAUUUCACCAGCAAACAACGUGUGUUUCUACGGAGAGUGUUCGUACUACUGCUCCACUGAGCACGCUCUGUGUGGUAAACCAGACCAGAUAGAAGGAUCCCUGGCUGCCUUCCUCCCAGACCUGGCGCUCGCCAAACGCAAGACGUGGAGGAACCCGUGGAGACGCUCCUACCACAAACGCAAGAAGGCAGAAUGGGAGGUGGACCAGGACUACUGUGAGGAAGUCAAACAGACUCCUCCGUAUGACAGCGGGACGCGACUGCUGGACAUCAUGGACAUGACCGUCUUUGACUUCCUCAUGGGAAACAUGGAUCGUCACCAUUAUGAGACGUUUGAAAAGUUUGGAAAUGAGACAUUUAUCAUCCACUUGGACAACGGCAGAGGUUUUGGAAAACACUCCCAUGACGAGAUAUCCAUUCUGGUGCCGUUGACCCAGUGCUGCAGGGUAAGGAAGUCGACCCACUUGCGUCUGCAGCUGCUGGCUAAGGAAGAAUUCAAGCUGUCCAUGCUCAUGGCAGAAUCCCUGGUGAGGGACCGGCUCAGUCCCAUCCUCAUCCAGCCACACCUGGACGCCAUGGACCGACGACUACGCCAGGUGCUGAACGUGUUGUCAGAAUGCAUCGAAAAGGAAGGCUACAGUUACGUUGUAGAGGACGACCUCGAGGGGCUCCAAGGGAAAGACCACGCCCACACCGGCCCACGACAGAGGUAGCUGUCCCGGGAGCGCUUGCAGCCGGAUAGGACUGACCUGGAAAUAGGAGAUCCAUUCUCUAAAAACUCACCUGGCGUCCUGUAACUCAGAUGAGCUCCAUUUGUACUGGAUUUCUCAGAUGGGCUUGAUUUGUUUAGCUGAACCUACAGGGACGCCCGCCCGCCUGAGGGGAACAUGAGCUGUGUGUGAGUGGAAGCCUGCUGGAUAGGACUUACAAAGUGCAAUGACUUGAGCUGAUGCUCGCAGGUGACGUCAAAUUCUUCUGGAUGGAUCUGGGGUACGGGGGGAGGUCACAAACUAAACUGAACCCCCCCCCCUCAUCACCUAGACUCCUUAAAAAACAUCCAACCCUGACUGUAGUGUAGGAUAGCGUCACCGCACCGACCCACCGCAGCACUACUAAACCAUGAAAGUCUUGCAAGAGACGCCUUCUCUUUGUCUUGUUCAGGACCCUUUUUUUGAAUUCAGUGAAUUCUGCGGGACCGACACCCUCCCGUCUCUUCACAAGCUGAAUUAUGUGUUUCUACGUAUCGUUGGUAUUGCAAGUGUUUCGGUUGAACAGUCACGACGGAGGAGGACUUGGAGGUUCCUGUUGUCUUAAUUAUCAAAAUGAUGAUUUGCUGAAAAACAAUUGUUUUAUUGCAUAGUGUAUUUUUAAUUUCUGCCGAGCUCAUUCAGCUUCUAUCGAGAUGGAAAUAUUUGAUUGGAGUGCAGGUUUACUCCUGGAUUUGUGCGCUAAUUUUGCCCAUAAAUGUUACUUGUACUUGAGAGAGUAUUUAUUAAAAUUCAUAUUUAUUAUUUGAAAUGAAUACUAAUCGGUUUCUGUUUAAAAAAAGAAGAAAAAUGAACUGAUUUACAUCACAGUGGUGUACUUCCUCAUGUGGCCACAAGAGGGCAAACUGAGCACGUGCAAAAGCAUCUGGCAGGUCGAAGUGAACGCUCUCCAUAUUUCCUCCUUCAUAAUUGGUUUAAAGACGCCACAAGUAUGUGAUUGAAAUGCGUUUAAUCCUGUUAUUCUUUCAGUGCAACAGAUAUGAGGUUGGGGUUAUGUUACCAAAAGCCAAAUGUGACACUAAUAGUUUUAUAUUAUUGUUUCUUUGUAAUAUAUUUGAUGUCCAGAUGUUGUGGAGAGAUUAUUUUUCAGGGUGUAUAUUUCAUUCAUUACCAACAGCUGAUAGCUUUUAACUGUCGAUGUCAACGAUUCAGUCGCUGGCUGAAAGUUAAUAUAUACAGUAGGAACAUCUAGUGCCUGUGCAAUGAUAGAAAUACUUGAAUGUCUGGUUUCAUAGCGGAAAAGCUCGAACUCCUCGAGCUUUUGGUACGAUACGGAGGUCGACAUAUAUAUGUGUGUGUGCUGACUCCAUCUUUUCCAUGAGGGUUUUAUUAUAACGUUUCCAUCGUCCUGUGUCAGGUCAGUACAGUGUGUGUGGAUGUGUGGGUGGAUCCAUGGAGAACCUACGAUGAUGUGUUCUUAAAGGGAAAAUGCUUCUUUUUUUAUUCAACUUUUUGUGGAUUCUUUUUAUUUUUUUUCAUUUCUUUGCAUCAUGGUUUAAGUGCAAUAAAAACAAAAGCAGAAGUA